AUGACGGUGCGACGUACUGAACGGCUCCCAGAGUUGCCCCAGUACCUCCACGAAGCAGGCUGGUCAGCAGACGGCAAUGUCAUUGCAUGCACCCAGCCUCGACGUGUGGCUGCUACAUCUGUCGCCCAGCGAGUUGCUACCGAAGUGGGCUCUGUCCUCGGUGACGAGGUGGGUUAUACCAUCCGCUUCGAAGACGUCAGCGACAAAGAAAGCACGCGCAUACUCUACAUGACUGACGGCAUGCUCUUCCGCGAGACCCUGGUCGACCCGCUGCUCAGCCGCUACAGCGUUAUCAUGAUCGAUGAAGCCCAUGAGCGAAGCAUAUACACGGACCUUAUGCUGGGCAUUUUGAAAAAAAUUCGUCGGAAACGGCCAUCACUGAGACUCAUUGUAUCCUCCGCAACCCUUGACGCGACUUCCUUCCUCGACUAUUUCACUGCAGGUAACUCUCCCGACGAGGCUACCAUCCUAGCCCACCUCCAAGAGCCUACCCCGGACUACGUCCGCAAAGCUGCAGAGGUUGUCUGGAAUAUUCACUUGCAGCAAGGUAGUGGGGACAUCCUCGUGUUCUUGACCGGCCGUGAAGAGAUCGAUCGCUGUUUAGAAGAGCUUGCCGAGAUGCUUCCGACGUACGCUCCUAUCCUUCCUUGGCCAGAGGUAGAUACCAACUGCAUACACAGAUUACCGCGCACUGCAACGCGACUAAAAUUGCUAGCUUUGCACGCUGGUCUGUCGACGGACGAACAACUGGCUGUGUUCGAACCCGCAGAGCGCGGCAGUCGCAAGGUCAUCAUCUCCACGAACAUUGCCGAGGCGAGUGUUACCAUCGACGGCAUCAAAUUCGUAGUCGAUUCGGGCUUUGUCAAGAUUCGGACGUAUAACCCCACAACGUCACUCUCUUCGCUCGUCACCGUCCCCGUCUCACAAGCAUCCGCUACCCAACGCGCCGGCCGUGCAGGUCGCACCUCGUCCGGCAUAUGCUACCGCCUCUACCCCGAGCAUGCAUUCGACAAGCUGCCGCGCACGACUGCGCCAGAGAUCACCCGGACAGACUUGACGACGCCCAUCCUGCAACUCAAGUCUCUGGGGAUCGACGAUCUCAUGAAGUUUGAGUGGGUCUCCGCGCCACCAGCCGAGAGUGCCCUCCGCGCGCUCGAGGGGCUGCAUGCGGCGGGCAUGAUCGGCGAGGACGGGCGCCUGACCGUCACUGGUGAGAAGGUUGCCGAGUGCCCGGUAGAAGUCAACAUCGCGCGCAUGCUGUUCCAAUCGAAGGAGUACAAGUGUGGCGAGGAGAUCCUGACGAUUGCAGCUAUGACCACCGUGCAGGAUGUGUUCAUAAUUCCUGAUGGUGCAGCGGGAGCAUUAGCCGAGCUGGAACGCAGGAAGUUCACAGCAGAAGAGGGGGACCAUCUCACCCUGUUGAACGUUUCACCAGCGUAUAAUGCAUUCACUCGAUACGGACGCUCUUCGUCAUGGUGCAAAUCGCACGCGCUAUCCUUCCGCGCCAUGUCGCGCGCCGUGUCCAUCCGGGCCCAGCUGAAAAAGUACAUGCAGCGCUUCGGGCUCCCUCUGGAAAGCUGCGAGGGCGACGCGAAGAGAUUGCGCAAGUGCCUGGUCAGCGGAUACUGGCGGAACGGCGCGCGGUGGGUCGCCGACGGCACGUAUCGAUCCGUGCGAGGCAAUGCUACCUUACACGUACACCCCAACUCGGUUCUUUUCACCAGGAAACCUCGCUCGGGCUGGGUGAUCUUCCAUGAGAUGGAGGAAACCAAAAAGACACAAAUCCGCAUACUUACGGAGAUAGAGCCUGACUGGCUCCUGGAGCAUGGCCAUCAAUACUACGAUAAGCGCACCGGAGCCUCUGUAUCUACAUGA